UAGUUCACUCUAACUCAUUUCCUUCUACUUUCAUCUUUCGUCUUUUGCCUGCUUUCCUCCUUUCCAAGAACUCAUCAGCAUGCCGGAAGCAACCACUGACCUUCCCCUCAGCUUUAAAAAUGGACCCAAAAAGCAUUAGUCAUAAAGUGUCCACAUAAACUAACAACAGAACAAGACUAAAAUCUCAUGGUCUUCUCUUGCACUCCAAGUCAUAUCUCCAUAACAACCUAGACAUUGUCCUUUUCCAAUCAUCAUCAUUAAAAUAUUUCCCUUACUAUCUUGUCCUAGACCAAUAUAAAGAUGAUAAGUUGACACUUGACACUUGACAGUGUUAUUCAUUCUUGAUAGUCUCAGAUUCUGAGGCUCCCAAGUAUAUAACAGAGUUACAGACCUCUCAAAAAACCUUGUUAGAAUAAGCUGUAUUUGAUUUUGAAGAGAUGUUCGGCCCCAGCAGCAGCGCCAUAGCAAAUUUUCAGCAUAUUCAGUUUUGGAUGUCAUGGCUGCAACUGAGUUCGCCCUGCUUGUGGGAGACUGCAAGCAUAGUUCUGCAACUAGGGUUCUUCGGAUUCAUAAUACUCCGUUUUGUGCAUGGUUUUGUUUCAUCAUUAGACCAAAGCAAAACAAGAGAAAAUGUUGGACAAAAUGAGAUAAUGGAUGUAAUUGUAGGAUUUUCCUACAAGUUGUGCCUAAUUUGUUCCAUUUUGUUAUUUGGAGAACAAUUGAUGUACAUUUUACUCAUGACACGAAGUAGAAGCGAGACAGAAUGCAGGAUGCCAGGCCAGGUCCUUACCUCAGGGAUCACGCGAGUACUAUCAUGUGUCAUUGCGUUGAUUGUACUAUACAAAGUGCUGAAAGAUAAGUGCAGCAAGUACCCUUUGGUUCUGAGAAUCUGGUGGUUUUGUAAUUUCUUCAUGUUUCUAGCUCGAGCAGCUCUCAAGGCGUUUUCUUCAUUUACAGACGGUGGCCACAGUAUGAUGCCUGAUUAUGUUGAUUGUACUGUUCUUCUGACAUCCGCCUGCUUAUUGGUUAUUUCAGUUCGAGGAAAGACAGGCAUUGUUCUUAAAUUGCAAAAUGGCAUCAUUGAGCCACUUUUGAAUGGAGAUUCUGCAGAAAAUUCAGAAAAGAAAAGAAACUGUCUAUAUGGUGAUGCUACCAUUUUGCAACUUCUGACCUUUUCUUGGCUUAACCGGCUGUUGGCAGUUGGAAACGUGAAACCCCUCAACCAAGAUGAAGUACCAGAUGUUCAUAUCAAGGAUUCAGCUGAGUUCUUGUCAGGCUCCUUUGAUGAAAUCUUGAACUGUAUUGUACAGAGAGACGGAACCUCAAAAUCCUCUAUAUACAAGGCCAUGUACAGGUUUGUGAGGAGAAAAGCAGCUAUAAAUGCCCUUUUAGCAAUAAUAAGUGCUGGAUCAUCGUAUGUUGGCCCCUACCUUAUCGCGGACUUUGUUAAAUUCCUUGGUGAGAAGAAUGUUCAGAGCCUGGAAAGCGGAUACAUUCUUGCACUUGGCUUCCUCACUGCAAAAAUUGUGGAGACAGUAGCUGAGAGGCAGUGGAAUUUUGGGGCUCGCCAGCUUAGCCUUCGACUCAGGGCUGCUCUGGCGUCUCACGUUUACAAAAAGGGCCUUGCAUUGUCAAACCAAUCCUGUCAGAGCCAUACAAGUGGAGAGAUUAUCAACUAUAUGAGUGUUGACAUCCAAAGGGUCAGUGAUUUCAUGUGGUACAUCAAUUCAAUCUGGAUGUUUCCUGUUCAAAUUUCCUUCGCGAUCUUUAUACUAUAUACGAACCUAGGAAGAGGAUCCGUGGUGGCAUUAGCAGCAACAAUUAUUGUUAUGACUAUCAACAAGCCAAUAACUAAGAUCCAGAAGCAAUAUCAGUCAAAGAUUAUGAAAGCAAGGGAUGAUAGAAUGAAAUCUACUUCAGAAACUCUUAGAAACAUGAGAACUCUGAAACUUCAAGCAUGGGACAGUCACUAUCUCCAGAAGCUAGAAAGUCUCCGGAAAAUUGAGUACAAAUGGCUUUGGAAGUCAAUUAGACUACGAGCUAUACUGGACUUCAUUUUUUGGGUAUCGCCAGCAUUUAUUUCAGUUACAACCUUCGCAGGAUGUAUCAUCAUGGGCAUUCCCCUGACAGCUGGGAGAGUGUUAUCCGCUCUAGCUACGUUUAAAAUGUUGCAAGAUCCUAUUUAUAAUCUACCUGAUCUUCUCUCAGUAUUUGCACAAGCAAAAGUUGCUGCAGACCGAGUUGCUUCUUACCUUCAAGAAGAGGAAAUUCAGCAGAGCGCGAUUGAAUUUGUUUCUCCAGAUCAAACAGAAUUUGACAUUGAGAUAAAACGCGGAAAAUUUAGCUGGGAUGCUGAAUCAACAAUAGAAACUCUUGAUGGAAUAGAGUUGCAAGUAAAGAGGGGAAUGAAAGUUGCUAUUUGUGGGACUGUAGGAUCGGGGAAAUCAAGCCUACUCUCGAGCAUUUUAGGCGAGGUGACAAAGUUGUCAGGGACAGUAAAGAUAAGUGGCACGAAGGCUUAUGUUCCUCAGUCUCCAUGGAUACUCUCAGGGACUGUCAGAGACAAUAUUCUUUUUGGAAAUUCUUAUAAUAGCUCCAAGUAUGAGGAGACCAUAAAAGCAUGUGCCUUAACCAAGGAUUUCGAGUUGUUUCCUGCUGGUGACUUAACUGAGAUUGGAGAGAGAGGGAUAAAUAUGAGUGGAGGACAAAAGCAGAGAAUACAAAUUGCUCGCGCAGUUUAUCAAGAUGCUGAUAUUUAUCUGCUGGAUGACCCUUUUAGCGCGGUUGAUGCACAUACAGGCAGACAAUUAUUCGAGGAAUGUCUACUGGGAAUUCUUCGCGAAAAGACUGUACUUUACGUGACUCACCAAGUUGAGUUUCUUCCAGCAGCAGAUGUCAUCCUGCUGAUCCAAAACGGCAGGAUUGCACAAGUUGGCAAGUUUGAAGAGCUUCUGAAUCAGAAUAUUGGAUUUGAAGUUCUAGUAGGAGCUCAUAGCCAGGCUUUAAAUUCAGUCGUAACAGUUGAAAAUGCAAGCAGAGCACCUGCAAAUGGAUUCAGUGAGGGUAAAUCAGCUGAACCCACCUUGAUUGAUGAUCUCCCAAAGAGCAAAGAAGAUUGCAAGACUAUUCUUUGUGCUGAAACAAAUAGAGGGAAAGGAAAUCUGGUGAACAAGGAAGAAAGGGGAAAAGGAAGCAUUGGAAAGGGAGUGUACUUUGCUUACUUGACCAUGGUCAAAGGCGGCGCAUUUGUUCCAGUAAUAGUUCUAGCUCACCUAGGUUUCCAAGGGUUGCAGAUUCUCAGCACCUACUGGAUGGCAUGGGCUUGUCCAACAGUUGAGGCUGAGGAAGUCAAAGACAUAAACUACAUUUUAUUUAUUUACCUGAUCAUUUCUAUCGGGGGUUCGUUCUGUGUACUUGUCAGAGCCUCACUACUAGCUGUUACGGGCCUUGCAACAGCUGAGAAGAUGUUCCAUAAUAUGCUGCACAGUGUUCUCCGUGCUCCUAUGGCGUUCUUUGAUUCAACUCCAACAGGAAGAAUACUGAAUCGGGCCUCCACAGACCAAGAUGUGUUAGACCUGGGAAUAGCAAACAAAUUAGGGUGGUGCGCGUUCUCCACGAUUCAACUCAUCGGGGUCAUUUUAGUAAUGUCUCAGGCGGCUUGGGAAGUAUUCAUCGUCUUCCUUCCGGUUACAGCCAUUUGCAUCUGGUACCAACAAUAUUCUAUGCCAACUUCAAGAGAAUUAGCGCGCUUAGCAGGGGUAGAAAGAGCUCCUAUACUGCACCACUUUGCAGAAUCACUUGCAGGAGCAGCAACGAUUCGUGCUUUUGGCCAAAAGCCCCGCUUCAUUAAUACAAACCUUUGUCUUGUUGACAACCACUCAAGGCCAUGGUUUCAUAACUAUGCAGCUAUGGAGUGGCUUUCUUACAGAUUGAAUCAGUUAUGCAAUCUUGUAUUCGCCUUCUCAUUGGUUUUGCUGGUGACUCUCCCUGAGAAACUCAUCGAUCCAAGCCUUGCAGGUUUGGCGGUCACAUAUGCAAUCAAUUUAAACGUUCAGCAAACGUAUUUCAUAUGGAAUAUUAUCAAUGCCGAAGUCAAGAUGAUCUCAGUUGAAAGAAUCCUACAGUACUCAAAUAUCAUUAGUGAAGCACCUCUGGUAAUUGAAGAUCAUAGACCACCUAAAAACUGGCCAGAUACUGGAACAAUAUGCUUCGAGAACUUGCAAUUUCGCUAUGCUGAGCAUCUUCCAUCUGUCCUAAAAAAUAUAACCCUGACAAUUCCGGGAAAGAAGAAAAUCGGGGUCGUAGGAAGGACUGGGAGUGGGAAAACAACCCUUCUACAGGCCAUCUGUCGGAUAGUCGAGCCAAAAGAGGGAAGAAUCCUUAUUGAUGAUGUUGAUAUAUCCAAGAUAGGCCUUCAUGACUUGAGAUCAAACCUUAGCAUCAUACCUCAGGACCCAACUAUGUUCGAGGGAACUGUUAGAAGAAACCUUGAUCCUCUGGAGCAAUACUCUGAUGCUGAAAUAUGGGAGGCUCUAGACAAAUGUCAGUUAGGUGAUAUAGUUCGAGAAAACAAAGAGAAGCUGGAAUCUACAGUAGUCGAAAAUGGGGAGAACUGGAGUGUUGGACAGAGACAACUAUUCUGUCUCGGAAGAGCAUUGCUUAAGAAAAGAAGCAUUCUUCUUUUAGACGAAGCAACGGCCUCUGUAGAUUCAGCAAUUGACGGGAUACUUCAAAAUGUGAUAAGCCGAGAGUUUAAAGACCGGACCAUUGUCACAAUAGCUCACAGAAUACACACGGUUAUUGACAGCGACUUAGUACUGGUCCUCAGUGAUGGAAAAAUUGCAGAGUACGACACUCCAAAACGGCUACUUGAGCGAGAGGAUUCGUUCUUCUCAAAGCUCAUCAAGGAGUACUCUACAAGUUCAAAAAGCUUCAACAGUAUAGUAAAUUUGUGAACUGAAGGAGUUCCCAGUAACUGAAAGUUAAUAAUAUCUCGAGAGAAAACUCUCAGAAGUCGAAGAAUUAUACGAUAGUAACAACACUGUAACUUCGGAUCAUAUGACCCUAAGGUUCAGUCAAUUAAGGAGUUUUUGAAUUAAGUUUGUAGAAGAACAUGUCAGGAGAUCUGCCGCGUUGCUGACAAGAGCAAGUUUUACCAAGUACUACAUCUACAUGCCUUAGAGAGUUCAGUCCUUUCACUAUGGCCUAGUUUUUCUCAAGAUUGUUACAUUUUCUUAUGGAACAGUCAAAAAGAGAUUGUACUGGUACCAUUGCUAAACUCUGGCCUACCUCGGCUUCUUACUCGGUUUCCAGGUCAUGUAUCAGAGUUCCGGUGACCCUA